ACCAUCGCCAGAAUGGAAGUCACACAGCCUAGGAGGCUGACCCUGUCAUAUUACCAGCUGCUAUGACAUCGCACAUCGGGGUUAUUAUUAACCUUCCCAGCCAGAGACGAUACCAUAGCGUGAAAUAGCAGCUGUUUAGAGGUCCUCUGAUUCUAAGCACAAAUACAAGUCUAGCACUGCAACUUCUCGGAUAAUCUCUGUUGGAGACCAUGUAAAGAGAGACAUUAGCAUUGUAUCGCAUGACCAUAUUUAUGAGGAGUUGCCAGCACUUAAUGGAAAGCUCAACAGCCCCUAUGUUCACAUGGAGCCAGGAGAUCAUAUGGAUAAUUUGGAGACAGCAUUGAGUAACUCAUCUAAACAGUCAGUUGCUUAUGAUGAAAAUUCUAUGUUACGUUUCACGGAUGAUAUUCAUUCACCUUCUACACAGAGAAGUUAUCAAAGCCACAAUGCAGUCCAGAAAAAGAGUUUUUAUGAAUCCGCCUCAGAAGUGUCCAGUGUUUCUGACCAACUUUAUGAUGAAGUAUUUUCCGGAGAAUGCCUCACUGAAGACUCCUCGCCUGUUCAUUGGCAAGUCAAAAAUGUCAAAAAGGGAAAAUGCAAAGUGACAAUGUGGCCUGUAGGAUGGAUCUAUAAUGUCCACUGCUGAGGUUCCUGGGGGGUUGCUAGGCCUAGGACAAAGGAUUUGAGGGGUCCCUAUACUGAACAUUCUUUGUACCAGUUGCAUGGUUCUCCUAAGACCUGUGUUUUUUUUGCUAUGAACAGAACAUCCCUGGUGUCCACUGUAGUUUUUGCGUGGCUAUUAUAGUUAUGUUGAUUCAUAUAAAACAGACUGAGUGAAUUAGAAGGAAUAAACAUAGUCCAUCCUUCUAUCAUAAACAUCGACUGAAGAUCACUGUAUCUAGAGACAAACACCAUAACAUCAUAUAUUAUGAAAGACUUUUAGUCACAAUCACUUAAUACAAAAAAUAUAAAGACACAUCAAAAAAAGGAAAUUAAUCUACCAGUAUUUCUGCAAAAAGCCUUUAUUAAGGGAUUAUUCCCUAGUAUGGACUUUUUGUUGUAGCAUGGACUGCAGGUUCCUGGACCAUCGCGUUACUCUGCAACUUCUGAAUACUCUUAUUCACCAGUGGUAUUAAAAUUUACAUUUAUUGCAUUGUAUAUUUAUUCUCUCUUCUAGGCAUAAGAUGUCAGAUUCCAGGGCUAUAUCCCUCACCCAAGAUGAUGUGCCACUUUUAUGCCUAACUAAUGAUCAGUACAAGAAACUCCAUGGUUCGGUAGCUGAACUUAUCAAAAGUGAAGAAAUGUUUGUCCAGUCCCUGCAGUUUUUGAUUUGUAAUAUUCAAAUAAAAUUGAACAAGGUACCGGAGGUAGAUGUGAGGAGCCUUUUCUCAAAUAUUGAGGACAUUUUUGCACUUGCAAGCUCCUUCCUGGAGGGAUUACAAGAGGCAGUGAAAGAUGAACAGAACCACCUCACUCGGAUAGGGUACCUCUUUCAGGAGUUCAGUAGAGACAUGGAAAAUGCAUAUGGCCAAUACUGCUGGGCAUAUCAGAGAACUCUGUCACUCCUGGACCACUAUAAGGAGACGCAUGUAGCUGAAAAGAUUCAACAGGUUCUGCUCUCUGAAUCGUCCUCUUCACACAGUUAUCCUGAUAUCAGCUACUACUUAAUUUAUCCUGUACAGCGUAUCACCAAAUACCCCUUACUAGUGCAACAAAUGCUGGAGAUCAAUUCACUCAGUACAGAGGCACACGAUUCACUACAGAGAGCACUGCACAUAAUGGAGGCUGUGAAUGCUAACAUAAAUGAAAAAAAAAGACAUAAAGAAAUCGCCAGCAAGUAUGUACACGAAAACCAGCGAUCGCUGCUUGAAAAAAUGUCCCAACUGAAUACCCACACUCUCAGUAAGAAAACACAGCGCUUAAGCCAGAUGUUGAAGCAUCAUGCAGGCAUAGUGCCCAAGAGAGAAGACAAGGAAUUUGACGGUUUGGCAGAAAUGUUUCAGGAUCUUGCAAGUGGGGUUUCUCAGCUGGAGCAAAAUGUCUUCAGCUAUGUGAAGAGUUUGGAGGAAUUUCUAUGCAGAAAGCCUAACUCAUCUUGCCUGGAGGAGCUACCACAAUCAGCCUUGAACAAACCUAGUUUUUUAAAAGAAUUGUACGAGAAUAUCUACCCAGUGUUCAAAAGAAGACUGCAAUGCCUAGUCCUACAGCCACUUAGUAACCUGUCCGAAUGCUUAAAAGGUCCUAAGAAUCUCAUAAAGAAGCGCAUGGAUAAAUUGCUGGACUAUGAAAAUCUGGAAGAGAAGUAUAGUGAGACAGGGAAAAUGACCCUACAGGAAGAGGAAAUCAUGAACACUUAUAAAGGCAUCCAUGCCAUGUUGUUGAAUGAGCUACCAUCUUGUAUUUCUUUGUCUAAACAGUGGGUUCAUCAGCUGUUAUUAAAUUUCAUUGCUCUGCAAGUAGAAGUGACAAAACAAUGUCUCCAUGCGGCUGCAGCAGAGGCUUUUCAGAUGGAUCACAGCAGGGUUCCUGAGGCUGCGUUCAAACAGUGGGUGGAAGACUCUAUAAGACAUUCCAUGUCCCAGCUCACAGAUCUUACCAAGAAGUUUGAGGAAAUACCACCUCCACCCAUACAGGACAACAAUCCGGCGAUGGAGCGCAGGGUCCAGCAGCUAUUGGACCGCUACGAAGCAGAAAAGCUGUAUCAAGUCACUCAGAACGUUAGUGGAAGUCGGAACAUGGACCUCACCGCCCAACGUGGUGAUGUUGUGGCUGUAUUGCAAGUUUCAGACACGAAAGGGAACAAAAACAGGUGGCUGGUGGAUGCUGGAGGAUCAAGAGGUUAUCUGCCAUGCAACAAACUCCAACCAUACCAGACAACACAUGCUCAGGUGUUCUCCCUUAAUUCCCAUUCUCCAAAAACCACAGUUGAAAAUAGGCGGCAGUCCUAUGCAGCCCCCGAGUGCCCCUACCCCAUCUAUGCAGAAGCCCCAUACACAGCACAAGUCUUUCAGGAUAUUGCACUUUAUGCGUUUUCUGCCCGAAGCAGUUAUGAAGUCAGCCUUAUAGAAGGAGAGCCAGUAACUGUUCUGGAGCCACAUGAUAAAAAGGGGAGCAAGGAAUGGAGCCUGGUUGAAGUGCGAGGGCAGAGAGGAUAUGUUCCUUCUAACUAUAUAUCAAAAGUUCCAGUGCUGAGCAGAAGCCUGUAUGUUCCAUCAAGUUACAUGUGAAGAGAACACUCGCAACCCAUUAUAUGGGUAUAUCUUUAAAAGGAUGUCACAAAUCAAAAAUAGUGGUGGUGACAUUCACAAAGAUGCCACGGAGGAAAAACUGGAAGAAAUGAGCCAAACUGUGAUUGCACAAAUACACAAUGCAUACAGCUUUGUGACGAUAUAUAACUUACCUUUAGGAAAAGCCGCAGCUCCAGAGCUAUAGCACAUUGCCCUUUCCAUAGUCCUCUUUUUGCACAUUUAAUGUAGGCAAUUAAUGGCAGGAUUGUGCGGCCAUUGAUAUCAAUGGGAGUUCUAGCAGCACAUGUACACAGAGGGCCCCAUUAGAACCUCAUAUAUGCAUAUGAUCACUGAAGUGUCCUUGUAAUGUUCUUAGGAAUAUUAAUGAGAAUGGUUAAAACAAAUUAAAAAUCGAAAUUUAAAAAAGCAGAAAAAUGGAAAAAAUACACCUUUACAGUAUAGACAAAGAAACAGAAGUGUAAAUUUAACUCUUGUAUCCGAUUGAAAGCAGUCACAACCUUUUUAUGUUUUAAAACCCCAUGGAGAUUAAAAAUCACACAAUGAUUGUUAACGCUAUAUUUAAUUCUAAAUAUGAAUGUGCAUUUAUGUAGCAUGGAAAGCACUGCUUUCAUGAACAAGGAAAGACAUUCUGUUUGUAGGUAAGUAUAGUGCAGCCCAUCUACUACCUGUAUGUACAUUUGCAUCAUUAAUAUUUAAUGUAAAGGGUAAUAAGAUCAUUUGCUGAUGUGUAAAUAAUCGUCAAGAAAUUGUUCCUAUGAAUUGUAAAUAUGUCAAAUAAUAUUAAGUCUAAUAAUUUAAAUAUACUUUAUAAUAAAAAUAUUGACUUUA